AUCGGUGGCAUUGUCGACAUGAGCUUAGUGGCCGGGCUAGCAACGUCAAGCCACCUCGCACUCGGGAGCUACGUUGCUGUCCGACGAUCGGCGCCGGCUCGACUGCAAAAGCCCAGCGACCAGGGCACGCUGACCAUCCUAAGCGACCUGCUACAUAUUCUGAACAUCAUCAGUGUCUGUGACAGCGACACAGCAUCGCGAGAAGCCCCGUGGACAACGGCAACGUCCUACCGCAUCCUGUUGGUAAUCUGGCAAAUGCUACGCGAUGCGGCCGCGGAGAUCCGCGCGAGUCUCGAAGCAUUCGACACAGUGCCUAACAGCUUUACGCCAUCUAUGCUGAUCGCCAAGAAUAUCAUCAAAGUGGUAGUGGAGCUGCACAAUAUCGGCGAUCCUUUAGCGGGGCUCGAUCUGACCAAUCUUGAUACGCCCGAUCCUGAAACGCUCUCCGCGGUUCUCGAGGAAGGCGAGUCCUUGACGGUGAGACUGAUCAGACGCAUCUGUCAGGUCAGAAGCGUCUGGGCUAUUGGGACUUCUAUGGCGACGGUGUUGGAGGAGAUCAUGGGUGCCACGCAGUCUCGAGGGCAGUUUGAAUUGGGGUAGCGGGUCUAAGCACAUCCAUGAUCUUUUAUCCAUAGGCUCUACUACAUUUUCUGUUUAACUUUGUCGUUGGUCCAU